AUGCCAGUGGCAGAAGCAAAAUUAUGCCAAAAGCGUAGCAAGACAUGGACGGGCCCCUGUAUCAAGACAAAAAACUGUGAUCACCAGUGCAGGAAAUGGGAGAAAGCACAGCAUGGUGCUUGCCACUGGCAGUGGCCUGGAUUUGCUUGCUUGUGCUACGUCAAUUGUUAG